AUGGAGAGCGGAAAGCUCGCACCUCCCACGCUUCAGGUGAAUACUCGACAGCGGGCUCUAAGUAACACCGAUACUAUCUCCUCGGCCACAUCCGAUCCAUUUCGCACACCAGUAUCGCCGUUGUCGGACAUCUCACCUAGUAACGCGUCGACGGCAGUACAAGACCCUGAAUCUGCCUUACGACCAGACCCUGGGACAGAGGCCGAUUUCGCAGUCGACAAUAACCCCUUUGCUUUCUCACCAGGACAACUAAACAAACUCCUGAACCCAAAGUCGUUGCCUGCUUUCCAGGCUCUAGGCGGUGUACAAGGUAUCGCACACGGACUUCAAUCAGACACACAUUCUGGCCUUAGUAUCGACGAGGCAGCUGCACUUCAGCGAGUCACAUUUGACCAGGCUGUGUAUGGCACAUCUGUGGAUAAGAAGGUUGAACAAGCACACAUUGGCGGACAGCCCUUCGAAGACCGGAAACGCGUCUAUGGACGCAAUGUUUUACCUCCCAAGAAAGCCACACCCUUAUGGAGGCUCAUCUGGAACGCGUACAACGACACAGUUCUUAUUGUACUCACUGUCGCCGCCGCUAUCUCGUUAGCUCUUGGUCUCUACGAAACUUUUGGUGCGGAGCACCCACCCGGCUCACCAACACCAGUCGACUGGGUGGAGGGCCUCGCUAUCUGUAUUGCCAUCAUCAUUGUCGUCCUGGUGACAGCUGUAAACGAUUGGCAGAAAGAGCAGGCUUUCGUUCGACUCAAUGCGAAGAAGGAAGAGCGCGAGAUCAAGGUCACACGGUCAGGAAAAGCCACCAUGAUCAGCGUAUACGAUGUCCUCGCCGGAGAUAUCAUCCACAUGGAGCCUGGUGAUGUCGUUCCCGUCGACGGUAUUUUCAUCGAGGGUCACGAUGUGAGAUGCGACGAGUCUUCUGCCACAGGAGAAUCGGACGCUAUCCGCAAGACGCCCGGCGCCAUGGUCAUGAAGGCUUUGGAGAACGGCCAGUCGCACAAGGGGCUCGAUCCUUUCAUCAUUUCGGGUGCCAAAGUGAACGAGGGUGUUGGCACCUACAUCACAACAUCUGUCGGUGUUCACAGCUCUUUCGGCAAGAUUAUGAUGUCCGUCCGUACCGAUAUGGAGGCUACACCCCUCCAAGAGAAACUCGGGGGUCUUGCUGUUGCCAUCUCUAAGAUUGGUAGCGCUGCUGCCGGUAUCUUGUUCUUCAUUCUUCUCUUCCGCUUCAUUGGCGGUCUCUCUGGCGACACUCGCACGCCCAGUGCUAAGGGAUCCGCCUUCAUGGAUAUUUUGAUUGUUGCAGUCACUAUAAUCGUCGUUGCAGUACCCGAAGGGCUACCCCUUGCUGUUACCCUCGCUCUGGCUUUUGCGACCACAAGGAUGCUCAAGGAAAAUAAUCUUGUUCGUGUUUUGCGAGCUUGUGAGACAAUGGGCAACGCUACAGCGAUCUGCUCAGACAAGACAGGAACACUCACCACGAACAAAAUGACAGUCGUGGCUGGAAGAUUUGGCUCUGCUAGCUUUGCGCAGUCUGACACUGAGGCCAACUCAAGCAUUUCGUCAUGGGCAUCGAACGUCGCUCCAGCUGCCAAGGAGCUACUCGUCCAGUCAAUUGCUAUCAAUUCUACCGCUUUCGAGGGGGAAGAAGAGGGCAGGCAAGUUUUUAUUGGUUCCAAAACCGAAACAGCUCUGUUGCAGCUAGCCAAGGACCAUCUUGGACUCACGUCACUAUCCGAAGCCCGCGACAACGAAGAGAUCGUUUACAUGAUGCCCUUUGACUCGAGCAAGAAAUGUAUGGCCGCAGUCGUCAAGCUCAAGACUGGCGGCUACCGUCUCGUUGCCAAGGGAGCUUCCGAGAUCCUCCUUAAAAUGUGCUCUGAGCAAGCCAGUUUUGCGACCCUCCAGACCGAGCCACUUUCUGAGGAUGGCCGCCAAGUAGUGCUUUCCACCAUCGGCGAGUUUGCCAACAAGUCACUGAGAACCAUUGGUCUUGUCUACCAAGAGUACACUCAGUGGCCUCCAGCAAACGCCAGCUUCACUGAGACCGGCAGUAUCGACUUCACGUCCAUCCUACGUAACCUUGUGUUCUUCGGUAUAGUUGGUAUUCAGGAUCCCGUUCGUCCCGGUGUGCCGGAGGCUGUCCGUAAAGCUCAAGGCGCUGGUGUCACUGUUCGCAUGGUGACAGGCGACAACAUGCAAACCGCACGAGCAAUUGCGACUGAAUGUAACAUCUAUACAGAGGGCGGUGUGGUUAUGGAAGGACCUGAAUUCCGUCGUCUUUCCGAAUCUGAGAUGGACGAAGUCAUUCCUCGCCUUCAGGUUCUUGCACGUUCCUCGCCCGAAGACAAGAGGGUUCUGGUCGUGCGCCUCAAAGCUCUUGGUGAGAUCGUCGCAGUCACAGGUGAUGGCACCAACGACGCACCUGCUCUCAAAGCCGCAAAUAUCGGAUUCUCUAUGGGCAUCUCAGGUACUGAGGUUGCUAAAGAGGCAUCAGCUAUUAUCCUUAUGGAUGACAACUUUGCAUCGAUCAUCACCGCGCUUAUGUGGGGACGAGCCGUGAACGAUGCUGUCCAGAAGUUCUUGCAGUUCCAGAUCACCGUCAACAUCACCGCUGUCUUGCUGGCAUUUGUCACAGCAGUCUACGACGACGAGAUGAAGCCUGCUCUCAAGGCCGUCCAGUUACUCUGGGUCAACCUCAUCAUGGACACUUUCGCUGCUCUUGCCCUCGCUACCGACCCACCUACCGAGCGUAUCCUUAACCGUCUUCCUCAAGGCAGGGACAAGCCACUCAUCACCACCACGAUGUGGAAGCAAAUCACCGGUCAAAAUAUUUACAAGCUCACCGUGAUCUUUGUUCUCUACUUCGCUGGCGGCGACAUCCUCGGCUACGACCUCUCGGACCCCAACAAGAAGCUUGAGCUCGAUACUGUUAUUUUCAACAGCUUUGUUUGGAUGCAGAUCUUCAACAUUUUCAAUAACAGGCGCUUGGACAACAAACUCAACAUUUUCGAGGGCAUCCACCGCAACCAUUUCUUCACUUUCAUCGUCGUUCUCAUCAUUGGACUCCAGGUCAUGAUUAUCUUUGUGGGCGGUCGUGCUUUCCAGAUUAAGCCUGGCGGUAUCGAUGGUACCCAGUGGGCGAUCUCGAUCAUCACUGGUUUCAUCUGUAUUCCCUGGGCUGUCGCCAUCAGAUAUUUCCCGGAUCGUUGGUUCGCGGCCAUCGCUCAUGUUGUCGGUACCCCUGUCGUCAUCGUGUAUAGGUGGAUCGGUAAGGGUUUCUCUAAGAUUGGAGGAUUGUUCAGGAAGAAGAAGACUGAGGAUGCUGAGAAGGAUGUUGCAGUUGUCACUCCUCCUAUUGUUGUUGUUGUUGUUGAUGAUGUGAUGACCUCUGAGAAGGGCAAGUCUCAAGUAUGA